UCGCGCUGGCACCGCAAGGGCAUGUGUGCGCUCGCAACUGUAGAGGUUCCCGGUUUUCAAAGAGGUUUUGUGCAUACAUAUUGCACCGGCUUUGUAUCUUGUCGAAUGGGGAGACAGUGAGGGGGCAUAAGUACGGAUCCUGCAAGAACGCAGACAUGUAUUCUUGUUUAGGUGGAGUGAACUCUAAUUUACCGGGUGUUCUGUGAGAAAUAAUGAAAAGGUGCUGCUAUAUUUGUGAAUGAGCACAAGGACAUUGGGAGAACGUGUAUGACAACCUGUGUAGCCUACCUAUAUAGACCCACUAACUUCAAUCGCUCUAUUCCGAUUUAUUCCGAUUUGAGGGCACAGGUAUAUUAGGGGAGCAAGAAGACAUCGUUUUCUGCUCGUUUGUGUGGAAUUUUCCUUCCAGCUGAGAGUCGUGAUGUCUGGCUCAUUUCACACAUUGUUCCUGGUUCUGCUGGGUGUGUUGACGGCGUGUGCCCAGACAGAGAUGAAGAGGGUUGUCGGGGACAAUGCCACAUUGCCCUGUCACCACCAGUUCUGGGCAGGCGACGCCCCCACGCUGGACAUUGAGUGGCUCCUCCUCAAGCCCAGCUCCAAGCAGAGAGUGGUGAUCACCUACUUUGCGGGCCGGGUAUACGACCCCAACGAGGAGGAGGCGGGCCGACUGUCCUUAGCCGGGGACUACAUCAAGGGGGACGCCUCCCUACUGAUCAGUGACCUCACCCUGGGCGACUCGGGUGAGUACAGCUGCAAGGUGAAGAACGGGGGAAAGUACCAAUGGAGCACGGUCAACCUCAUAGUACUGGUGAAGCCCUCUAAGCCACGAUGUUGGAUGGAGGGCAGGCUGUUGGAGGGUAGUGACGUUAAGAUGAGCUGUAAGUCUACAGAUGGCUCUGACCCCAUCAACUACAAAUGGGAGAGGGUGCUGGACAAGGGCAAGUAUGUAGGGAAGCUGCCCCCACUGGCCCUCAUAGAUUUGAAGAACUCAGAGAAAGUGACACUGAGGAACCUGACCAAGGAGAGUGCUGGGGUGUAUAAAUGUACUGCCAGCAACGAUGUGGGAGAGGAGAGCUGCACCGUAGAGGUCAAGAUGCACUAUGUGCGGGGCAUGGGUGUGGUGGCAGGCGCCAUGGUGGGUGUGUCCUUCGGCGUCCUCCUCAUCAUCCUCAUUAUCUGGCUGGUGUUCCGCAAGAAGGAGAAGAAGAAAUACGAGGAGGAGGAGACUCCUAAUGAGAUCAGGGAGGAUGCUGAGGCUCCCAAGGCCAAACUGGUGAAGCCCAACUCUCUCUCCUCAUCCCACUCUGGCAGCUCCCGCUCGGGCACCUCCUCCACCCAAUCCAUGGUCCACACCAGCGCCCCCCGGGGGCCCCGCGCCCGCCUGCCUGCCGUGGCCGCCCUCAAGGAGAACGGCCAGCCCCACAGCUUCCUCCAACAGCCUCCCGCCUACACACAAGUGGUCCCCAAAACCCCAGAGCCCCGCACGGCCCCGGCCAAGCCCAGCCCUCCCCCCAAACUGAGCCCCGGGAACCUGGCCCGCAUGGGGGCAACGCCGGUCAUGAUCCCUGCCCAGACCAAGGCCUUCCAGACUGUGUAAGAGGGAAGGAGGGACAAAGGAGUGGACUUAGAAACAAGAAGCACCAGUACACAGCUGAUAGCAUCCCCCAGCCUGCCCCCAGAGACCCUGUGAAAACCAGCUAUACCAUAAUGUAAAACUCCCCCUUACUCAUAGUCGCCAACUAAAAGUAUUAUUGGGCGCAUUCAUAUGAAGGGAAGAUUUUCUUAAGAAGAGCUUUCGCCCGCCUCUCCUGUACAAACAAUACAGAGCAAAAUCUCACGUUCACAUUCCCUUCCCAUGACGACAGAACUUUAGUCGGAUUUUGCUGACGCGGGCAGUGUUGUGUAUCAUACUCUGAGGUGGCAGGAACAGGGGAAGGACCCUAAGUAGAUUUUAGGUAUUUUUAAACUAAAUUGACAGAGCUGUGAAAGUGGGAGAGUUAUGGACGGAGGGAGUGAGAGCAAACAGAGGACUAGAAAAUAACAAACAAAGGAGAAACACAGGCUGCAUAGCUCCCCAGAGAACAAGCCAGGGUGUCUGGGUGUCUAACGCCACCUGCUACCGACCAGAUCAAACCAGACGGCAGAAAAAACAAAAAGUCCAAAACAGACAGGAAAAGUAAACAGCUCUCCAAACACCUGCUUUCCCGGGCUUGCCUGGGCACCACACCUGCCAAACUCACACUCCGCCACACCGAGCAAUCAACAUCUCUGAGGCUGCUUCGGUGGCAUUGCACACCUCCAUGUAUCCCUGGAUUUCCGCCAAGGCCAGCAGGCAUGGUGAUUGGCUCAGAGAGGAAGGAGGGGGGCACCGAUCGAUCGCCAAACCAAUGAGAGUGGAUGAAAGUCUGCUGCUGAUGCAAGAGGGAUGCUUUCCUGUAAUUGUACAAAGAUGAUAUAGCUGACUCCACAUAGACACAUCACCUGUCAUUCUAUAUACCUGCAAAAGGGUCACUCCCAGCAACAUGGACAUAUCGGUAUUGAUUUCCCUUGCUUCCAUGUUUUCUGUGUAUCCAGCACUAUGCACUUAACAAGUCUGGACAUAUGUAACGUUAUUUUCCCAUGUUCAUGGACAGUGUCAUUUAAGCCAAUAGGAAUAUAUAAUUUGGUGGUCAACAUAGGGGAUUAUUAAUGGCUGUGAUAUGUAUUGCUGUGGGAGAAUAGUUCAUGUUUGCUUUUUUCUAUUUCAUUUAUCUCAGAUUCCUCUGAAUGUUUAAGGAUUGUUAUUAAAGGGAUGGACAUAAGCCCUAUCGAUAAAGUGCCACUGUUGAUGUUUGAUGAAAAUGGUUUUUGUUUGUGUUGUGUAAAUAGCAUGUCCAUUAAUUCGAAUGAAUGAACAAACGAAUGAAUGUGUUGAUAUAUCUCAAUGAGGAGCAGAGAUUUGCAGUAAUAAGUUGAAUCACCUACAGUUGAACUGUGUCUGUAGCUGAAAACAUGCUAAAUAUGUUCUGUAUUAUGAGAAAAUGAACAAAGCGCCAUUACACAUCAUAAUAUAUGUGUUGGUUCGGCACCCUCUUGUAAUUAUAGAAGAACGGCAAUGAUGAUCCUGAAGAGUGCCUUCUGUUAACAUAUAUAUUUUAAUUGAAUACAUCACAGAAAAGUGAUGUCACAACACAACUUUACCAUUUCGAAUGGUUAACCCUAUGGUACGGUACACCUGAAAUUGAUUCCAUUUCAAGCAGAUGAGGAAUGAAAAGGACAAUAGCUUUGAGUGAUUUUGUUUAACCAAAUCAUUCUAUCAAAGUCUCUUCAUGGUGGCCAAACACAGAAUUUAAACGCAAACUCAAUAAAAUGUCCUGGCUGAAAGUGUUGGAUUAUGCCCUAUCCUUUUCACUGACUUAAAUGUCAAUUUCUGCCUGAGCUCUCCUCAGAUCCAAAGGUGUCACUUUUGCAUAGCGAUAUUCUUGUCUGCGUGUACGCAGCAGCACAUUGGUCCUUCAGCAUUAUGACUGCUUCCUCCCGAAGAGACACCCCUGUUAUUUUUGCUCCCUCGCAAUACAGUGCAUGUGAUGGAUGAGAUGUCAGGAGGUAUUUGGAGUGACUGAUGCUGUGGCGCCCUCCAGGAUAACCCAGCACACUCAUCUUAGAUCACCCAGGAGGGAGCGGGCUCUACUCAUCCCACAGUGCAGAGGGAAUAAGAGUGCACUCACACUCUGGCCUCUGAAAUGGUUGGAACCAGGACAGGGGUACUCGGGAGUCUAUACUCCUUGAAAAACAUUACAAGUUAACCUGGCUUUUGGUUCAUGCCUGAUUGAAAUCCACCAGAUUCACCUUUAGUAAUCAUUUUCUUUUGUAAUGUCACUCCAGUUGUGAAGGUGAAAUUAUCUCCUGAAUCAAGGGCAGUUCCAAGAGCGAAAAUAAAGCUUUGUCUUGUUGAGUCUCUUGAGUCUCUUGAGUACUUCUAGCUUGCCCACUGCUGGUUGAAAAGCUCCUUUAAACCAGGAGACGGAUGAGUGGCAAGAUGAGAGGACGACACCUGAGGGAGAGCUCCUGAUUACCCACCACAACCCUCUUAGAAAGCCAAUACAGAGGGGCCUAGUGGCUGACUGAAUGCAGCUCUUAUGGCAGUUUGAUGCGGUGUGAUAUGCACCAGGAAUUAUUUUCCAGUUAUCCGAGUGGCUCUGUGAAUUUCCCUGGUUUGCAAGCUACCUUUCGCUGCCCAUCUCAUUCAGCCGUGGCAGAGCGCUCUGCAUCCUGAAUCAUUAGGAUUUCCACCCUUUUCGUUGGAAAGUCUUCCUUGGCAGACAGGAGGAAUGGGAAGACCGUCUUCACCAAACCAUGCUGGGGAUUGGAAUAACAUGAACCACAGCCAUUACAUUGCCCUUUCACCAUGUGCCGACUCCAAAAGGACAUUACCGUAGGUUAGCUAGUAUGAAACUUGCAUCUUGAUGUCAUUCAUUAGUGUCUGUCUACUCUGAAGACCUCCACUAUUGGUUGAGUGAUGGGACCUCUGUGUUAGAUACCAUGCAUACAGUGUAACGUUAAAGGGAGAAAGAAUCCUUCCAAAGCUGAAAAACGAUGGAUAUGCAUGUCACUGAUACUUAACUAGAGAAAGAACAAAACAGUAUUUUUGCCUCAAUAAAUAUAUCAAUUAUAAUCUUAAAACAAAUACUAUGACUGUAAAUAAGCAAGGUUUUAUACAUGUUUGGUUUGUUUUAAGUUUCUUUGUUUGGGUUAAGUAUUCAAUCUGAUGUACUUUGCUCUUUCUUAAACUGUCCCCUCUGUUUGUGUUUUGCUUGCGUUUAGUCCUUUUAACACACAAACACUGUUAGAAGGACAAUAUGUUUUCUCUCACUCUAUUUUCUUUGAUUGACAAUGCCAUGCAGUUACUUUGAGUUGUGGUAAACCAAAAAGGCCAUGUAUUUACCGUCCUCUUGAGUGAAAAUUGUAUAUUUGUACAAUAUCUGAAUAAGUACUGUUUUGGUUUGUAAUAAAGCAUUUGAUGAA